AAUAAACCAUAGAAGAAGAAGAAGAAGACGAAGCAGCAGCAACACGAGAAGAAAACUGAUGAGAAAUAAAAUGUUUUAAAAAGGAAGAAUUCUGAUCGCUGGAAGUAACUUAAAUGAAUCGUUGGAUUAAAAGGAAGCUGCUUUUUUUAAAACAAUAUUUCCAAGACGCAGUAAUAAAGACGGUUCAGGUGAAUUGAAGAAGAUGGUAUUGAAAGAGAUUCCAACAGACAAUAUCACUCGCCCUUUGGGCCGUAACGAGGUCAUAGGUUUACUCUUUCGCCUCACAAUAUUUGGUGCUGUCACAUAUUUUACAAUAAAGUGGAUGGUGGAUGCUAUAGAUCCGACAAGAAAACAGAAAGUUGAGGCACAAAAACAGGCAGAGAAACUCAUGCGGCAGAUUGGAGUGCAGAAUGUGAAGCUUUCUGAAUAUGAGAUGAGCAUUGCAGCUCAUCUUGUGGAUCCAUUGACUAUGCAGAUUACAUGGCAUGACAUUGCAGGUCUGGAUGAAGUCAUCAAUGAACUGAAAGAUACGGUUAUACUUCCAAUCCAGAAGAGACAUCUUUUUGAAGGAUCCAGGCUUCUUCAGCCACCCAAAGGUGUAUUGCUGUAUGGACCUCCAGGCUGUGGGAAAACUCUUAUAGCCAAAGCUACCGCCAAAGAGGCUGGAUUCCGCUUCAUUAAUCUGCAGCCUUCCACUCUCACUGACAAAUGGUAUGGAGAAUCCCAGAAACUAGCUGCAGCUGUGUUUUCGCUGGCCAUCAAGUUACAACCUUCUGUUAUCUUCAUCGAUGAGAUUGAUUCCUUUCUGAGGAGUCGCUCAAGUUCAGAUCAUGAGGCCACCGCUAUGAUGAAGGCUCAGUUCAUGAGCUUAUGGGAUGGACUCGAUACUGACUACAGCUGCCAGGUCAUAAUAAUGGGAGCCACCAAUCGGCCACAAGAUCUUGAUUCUGCUAUACUCCGAAGGAUGCCAACAAGAUUCCACAUUAAUCAGCCUAAUGUCAAGCAGAGGAAAGACAUAUUAAAACUGAUCCUGGAGAAUGAGAAUGUGGAGUGUGCUGUGGACUUUGGUGAAAUUGCAAAACAGACUGAUGGGUUCUCAGGAAGUGACCUCAGAGAGAUGUGCCGAGAUGCUGCUCUGCUUUGUGUGCGUGAAUUUGUACGCCAAGAAAGUCCAGAUGAAGAUUUCAUCCGCCCAAUCAGGCAGGAAGACUUGCAGAGGGCAAUCGAGAAGAUGAGGAAGUCCAAAUCUGCUGGAGUGCAAGAGGCAUUUAUGCAUGUACCACUGGACUGAAUGUGAUGCUGCUGCUUAAAAAUACAAAUAACCUAGAUUUGGUGUUUUUCUCUUAUUUGUGGCAUAUUGUCAAGUUUUGCAAAAGGGGGAACUCAGGAUUUAUAAAUGGUAGAAUUUUUUCCCCUCUAAUUAUCUUUUUUUUGCAUUGUAAUUUCCAUAAUGUUUUUGCAAUUCAAUCAAUGGGCCUUAUUUAAAAAAUAAUAAUUAAAUCAUGUGUAAAACCAUUCUUAAGUAAAUUGUCUCUUCAGUGGGAUAGUUUGUAAAAGAAUGAACGAUUUUCAUUAAAAUAUGUUCUGCUUGAGUUUCAAGAAUAAGGCACAUUGAGGUUGUCUUCAUAGGAUUGGUUUGGGUUGUGUUUAAAACCCUGUGAGAGGUUUGUGUAGAUGGGCAACAGUGUAGUUACUAUGUCCAGUUAUGUAUAAGGCACCUUUUAUUUUUUACAUCAACAAUAUUUAACAAUUCAGCUGAUUUUUGAGCACAAAUUGUUUUUUUUUUUUAACUUGGAUCAACUUUACCGGUUUGUUUUCCCUCAGCGAGAAAUUGACUUGAUUGAGAUGCAUUUACAGAUUUAUAAGCCAUUUAUAUUAAAUAAGGUGUUUAGGCGUUGUGAUGGCAUGUUGUAUAGAUAUUUAUUUGCGAAACCUUAAAUAUGCUUGCUAAGAAUAUUUGGGGCCAGUGCCAAGCUGCUGCUGUUAGGUUUGUACUUGUCUGUCAGGUGUUAUUUUUGGGGGUUAAGUGGGCGAAGGAAACUUCAAAGUGGAAAGAAAAAGUAUUCUUCUGGAGAAACCGGUCUAAGGAUCAAACAACCAUUUUAGAUUGUCAGCAAUACACUUGUACAGUUGUAUACAAGUAUUUUUCAUUCAUUAGGUUUGCUAAUUCACAAUAGUCCACUGCUCUUUUCGAUCUAAAUGUGUUUAGAAUUCAGGUUAUGUUGGAAAUGUUUUGUUUACACUGUAGAAAAAUUGGAUGACAAUGGUUUUGUCCUAAUGAGGUUUAUUGAAAAGACUGCCCGAUGCACAUUACAUCAAAUAUUGUAAGAAACCACAAAGUGUAAAUCUCACAAGUUUGUACAAAAAGUAGAAAGAAGUAAAUACAUUUGCUGUAAGAUAAUAAAUAUGUUAGGUUGGUCUGUCUAGAAAAUGGUAAAACAAUAAAUAUGCUCUUGUUCCU